AAAAGAAUUCAGCUCGUCUUUCUCUUUUUGCAGUUUUGUAUAGACUUGCCAUUAUUUCAAACUUGCAGACAAAAUGCUAACCACUCCAAAUCCCGAUUUAUGUGUAGAACCAUUUAUUGAGCCUUCCCAAUGGUUUUUCACAUUAGUUGAAAUGAUUCUAGCUGUAGGAGGAUUGAUAAUGAAUACCAAUAUUACUGUGAUUUGUCAUAAAGCGUCACCAAUGCCACAUCCACAAAGGAGGUUAUUGGCUUCCAUUUCUAUAAAUUUUGCAAUUCUCUCCGGAUUUCAACUGGCUAGGAAUUUUUUCCUCUUUCUUGUAAUGCAACAACCUUGUUUAAAUCAAGUGACUACGGUUUCAUGCAAACUUCAACAGUUUCCUUUGAUAUUCUGUUAUAUUCACUGCGCCGCAUCAUUUUUUCUACUUGGAGUGCAAAGUAAUUUUUUAAAGUUAAAACCCAUUGACAAAUCACCGAUGAAAUGGUAUUUAUCAUGCUCUGUGUGGCAGAGCACAAUUGCAGCCGUUUGCGUAGCUCUAUCGCUGUUGUUCACUGCUUUUGAUCAAGAUUUGGAGAACGAGCCCAUGAAUAAGUGUUCAAUUCUUCUUGCAGUAUCCCAGUCGUACUUGACGUUUUCCUUAUUAACAUUGCUGAUUCUGCUCCACGCCACUGGUUUAAUUUUCAUCAUGUUAGCAAGCGUUCUGCAACGAGACAAGAAAAGCUGGAUUUCAUUUACGAUAUUUUCAUUGAAAGAGAUUUUCAAAUAUGAGACACUCGCCUGGCAGAUAUCACUAUUUAUCUCAGGAUGCGUGGUUUUAUACCGUCACGUUUUGAGAGAAUCUUGUGACGAGUGCGCUGUGAUAGUACUGGAACUAGCGUUUCUGAUAGUACCACUAUUAAUUUCAUUUAUGCAUCCCCUUUACUUAAUAUGGUACGUACUGCCGAUGAGAGAUGCAGCUACCAGGACGUUUCCAUGUAUGUUGUCUGCGUUACCAGAGUACUCAUUGGUACCACCGCAAGUUCCGUCGGCUAGCACUUCAGCAACAUUCGCCAUUCAAAGUCCAAGGGCAGAUCUCACUCCGAAUGAUACACUUCACAUGGAAUCCAAAAAGAAACCAUUAUCACAAUCACCCAGGGUAGUUAUAGAAGAGGAAGAUGUAGCCGAAUGAUCGAGCGAUGUAGAUCCGUUGUAAAAAUCAUGAUAUUAAUGAAAAAUGCUGUAAUAAUUAUUAUUGUCUUUCUUCCCUCAGUUUCUUUCACGCCCUUUUUUAAAGUACUUCCUUUUCUACAAUAGCCAUUUAUUUAAGAAAAUGAAUCGAUUUCAGUCGUU